GUACAAUCCCACUGUUUGACUUCCUUCAAUACUUAAACUAGCAGAGCAGAGUAAGAGCACGAUGGCGACGUUCUUACGUGGAGGCCGUCUGUUUAACAUUUGGAGAACGGCGACAGCGAUGCAGUCCUCCUGCUCCUCACUGACAUCUGGCAGGCAGAAUGUUAAUGGAGUGGAUCUUUACUAUGAGAAGACAGGCACAGGGAAACAUGCAGUGCUGUUGCUUCCUGGUGCUCUGGGAAGCGCUAAAACAGAUUUUCAACCCCAGCUUAAGUCUUUAAACAAGGAGCUGUUUACUGUAGUGGGCUGGGAUCCUCGUGGUUAUGGACGAUCACGACCUCCAAACAGAGACUUCCCACCGGACUUCUUUGAAAGGGAUGCCAAGGACGCAGUCGAUUUGAUGAAGACAUUGGGGUUUGUCAAGUUCUCUUUGCUGGGGUGGAGUGAUGGCGGAAUCACAGCCCUAAUUGCUGCUGCUAUGAACCCCACAUUAAUCAACAAGAUGGUCGUAUGGGGAGCCAAUGCUUUUGUAUCACAACAAGACCUUGACAUUUACAAUGCGAUCCGUGAUGUGUCCAGAUGGAGUGCAAAGAUGAGGCAGCCUAUGGAGGAGAUGUAUGGAGCAGAAGUCUUUGCUAAAACAUGGGUGGCCUGGGUGGAUAGGAUUGCCCAGUUUGCCCAAAGGCCAAAAGGAAACAUCUGCAUUGAACUUCUGCCCCUAAUCAGCUGUCCGACUCUGAUCAUUCAUGGAGAAAAAGAUCCCAUGGUCCCGAGCUGCCACCCGCACUUCCUUGUCAAACAUAUCCAGGGAUCACGAUUGCAUCUGAUGCCAGAGGGAAAACACAAUCUCCAUCUGAGGUUUGCUGAAGAAUUCAACAAAAUGGUGGAAGACUUUCUGGAAGAAGGACAACAAAUUUAAUAACACAGUAUAACAUUUAAUAAUCACUGUGAUGAGGUCAUUGCAUCAAGCUGUAUAUCAAGCUAUAUAUAUAUAUAUAUAUAUAUAUAUAUGCAGUAUAAUUAAGGUGAUCACAUAGUUGACUUUAGUUUAAAUUGACAACUCCACAAUGAGGACAGCAGCAAUCAAGUUAUUUUUCUUUGGCCAGAACAAUUAAAGACCCCUGAUGUGAGGUUUAGAAGGUGAAAUGACACCAAGUGCAUAUAGUACUGCAGUGCAAAUAACACCAUAGCAUGACAGUUUAGAAUUCUGUCUGCAUUAAUAAAUCAUCUUCCACCAACAGUUAGCCGCUCUGUGGGUCACAGGUGAUGCUGUUGUUGUUCAUUAGUCCAUCAAACCCACAUUUUAGUGUGAUGUUAUUUUUAUUUGGCAUAUUAUCUUAGAAAUAGUCAUUGCAGCCACUUGGCAUUUAUUUACAAGUGAAUUAACAACUGACCUGGAUGCUGUUUUUUGUCACCAAACAAAGAAGCUCUGUCUCAAUUCGCACACUUCUGUACUUACACUUAAUACGUUCACACUCAUGCAAAAUGCUGAGUGCGCAGUGAUGGGAUGCUCAUCACCCUCAGUUUCCAUCUUGGCUACACGUGGUGGAAGGGGAGCAGUGUUGCCAACUUAUUGACUUUGUUUCUAUAUUUCGCAAGUAUUCAGGCCCCGAUGGUGACUUAAAAAAAAAAAAUCUAGUGACUGUGGUGUUUUUGGAGACUGAUUUUAAAGUACAUAUCAUUCUUGAGCCUGGAUUAUGCUCCGGUGUAGUCACUACAUUCCCAUCUGAUGCCAUCUUGAUCCUUUUAUAGAUUUUCAUGGGGGUUGAAUGUAUGUCAUGCAAUUUUCUUCCAACACACUAGAGGCAGUGGUUUUUGGACAAUCAACUCAGUGAGCAACCUCACUGACCCAUUAUCUUGUUAGCUUCCUCAAUCGUGAGCGAACAAUGGCAAUUAAAGAGAGACUGGGAGUUAUUGGGCCUGAUGUGUUAAACAGUCACUUAAUUCAAAUGUUGAGCCGAAAUUUGAGAAGGCGUAUGCGAAGGUGAGAUGUACUGUACAUCCUUUGGACAAUUAAUAUGCAGGAACUGAACCAAUUAUGCAAAUUAGACAUAAUUGAAUAACUUCUCACAGCGUCUAGGGCAGCCAAUAGCUCAUUUCCUUACUGAGGAUUUGGAAACACUGAACAGAAGGGGAGGGAGUAACGUGAAAUAAUGGCAGCUGAGGGGCAACUCAUAGCGAGGGAAAGUGAUUUUAUACUUGCAGUAAGUCCGCAACGACAGUAAUGGAUUUGAGAAAACACUACACUGUCAACAUUUGUGCCCUCAAGUUCAUAGUGUACACAAUAUACAUAUUGUAAUGUAUAUAUACACAUAGUGUAAUGACGGAAGUGCUCGAUCUGAGACACAGCCAUAAUAGCACUGACUCUAGUGCACCACGACCAAAACAACACGGGUAUUUCUCACAAGCAUUGAUUUACAUAAACCACCUUCAUAUCACUAUACACAAACCCAAACAUUUCACUGUGCUGAAUGGUGGGUUUACACAGGAGUAGUGGCUACAAGGCUGGGGUCAAAUGUCUGAAGGUAUUUUGGACUAAAAGGCUUGGGAACCACUGCAUUAGUUCACCUCCACAUUAAAAAAACACCACUCGCAAUUUGUGACCACGAAAAAGUCCUGUUCACUUGUCCAUUGCAUGGAAAGGAAGAUGUGGUUCCCCCUUUUGUCCUCCAUGGAAUUAUAUAUAGCUGACAGUAUCUCAUAUGCGCUAGUUUUUAUUUUUAAAAUUACUAUAAUAAUGAUUUCACUUGGGUUACUCAGCUGUCACGGUGGCUAGUUCAGAGCUGGACUUUGGGUCCAUACAGGGGCAGAGCUUACACAGACCGUGUCCAAGCACACUGAGGCUCAAUGUGUGUGACAAUGAGAAUGACCACGAGUGGUCAAGACGUGACGGCUGUAGAUAUAACAUGUGUGAAGGUAUGGUUGUGGAUCAUUAUGGGAAAAUGGGUGUCAACAAUCCCAGCAAUAGUGAUAACAGCAGUCAAUCACACUGUCCCAUAUUUAAAUUCUAAGUAAGAGAUAGACAAUAGACGGUAUUCAGCUCAUAGUCCUGUACAUUAAUCACCCCGAUUUUAUCGAUUGCCUCCAUAUUUAGCAGUCCAGUCUACUCGUCCAUGUACUGGUGGGAUGUUCGUGUUUCUGGAGAAAGUAUUCAUUCCUGAGAAGCUUGUACUUGUACAAGGGACUUGAGGAGAUCUGAAGUCAUCGUGGUCUCUCUGGAUCUCUGGAGAUCAGGAAAGGUGCAUUAUUGUAACAGCUAUUUAAAACUAUUUUACACAUUUACACUCAGGGUCGUAUUUUCCCAUGCAUGCAAGGGGGGAAAAGCCGGUUCUGGCUGUCACUAUGCACCUUCAUUCAUGACGUGCACUCUGGGUGGUGUCAAAUUUGGCCUUGCGUGCAUUCUACCAUGAACUACCAUGAAGCACUUUUGCAUGCGUGCUUUUGAGGCUACAUUAAGUCCAGCGCCCCUGGAAGCUGAAACACAAUAUUGCACUCACAAGUUUGGUACAUACUCUACUAUGGGUGUCACGAGACACUCGACACUCGUUCAUGAGACAAGACAAUACACGAGAUUGGGUCUACGAGAAUGUGACAAGACGAGAUUUUAACUUUACUUUUAAGAAAAGCACAACAAGAAAAUAUUAAAAAUAUGACAAUAUAUUGCAAUCUACUAAUAUAAUUUCUACUACGUUACACUCUUCUGUACUCUGUGUGAAUGCUACCGGGCCCUGCCUCCACCCGCCAAGACAAAGAGACUGUAUGACUGACAAAAGGGCUCACUCCGUUCAUGCCGUUGUUCUAUGGAACAAACCCGCCAGGGUGCUGAAACCUAUGCACAGAGUGAACUAUCUUCCUGCCUGUUUGAAGGUGAGAGAAACAGACAUGUAUGCACAUGCAGUGUAUUGUCAAGUUCAUUUUCAUUUAUUGUGUGAUUAAUUAAUUUAUUAUCGUCCCAGGCCUAGUGCCCACGAGUCCGUUUUUUUAUGAAUGAGAAAUCUUGUCACGUUUUAAUCUCGGGAGAUUUUGUAACACGAGAUCUUGUAACACCCUGAAUAAUCUACAGAAAUCGAUUUAUACUGCCACUGUCACAACGUUUCUUCGUUUUGUUUUCUUUCUUUUUUUCCAUUAUUUUCUGAACAAUAUUAUAAGCCUAAUUGGUAAUCAUCAUUGAACCAUUUGUGUUGAUUUCAGAUGAAUGAAUGGUGCAGUGGAAAGAAGAGAAAUGUUGUUGGUUUAUAAUAUUUGUAUAAUACAGCAUUUCUUUAUGGGAAAGUGCUAUAAUAUAUUACAUAUACUGUCAUGGAAAAAUUAUUUGACAGUAACAGUAACAGUUUGGUGCCUCCUUAGCACUAUCACUUGGCGUGACUCCUGCUAGCCAAAGGCCAGGCUGCGUUGUUUGUUUACUGAGUAGAUGCUUAACACGAGGUACACUUCCUGUUCCUCACUCAAUGUGUACCGUGUGGAAAAUCGUUAUGUCUCUGUACUGGACUGAAAGUUUCGUACCAAAAAAUCAGAUUACAAAUACAUUUACCGUUACAUCCCGAGUAUAUACCGUUUAUAUUUUCUUUACCUUUAUUAGAGAAGAUCCCACUCUUGGACAGUUUGAUUUUUGAGUCAAUCUUAAGAUCAGCGGGGGAUGACAGAUCAACUAAACAUGUGGAUGGAAAGUCUGUUGGAGCAGUUGAAGUUAUGAACAUGACACUUUUCAGACAUUUUAGUCAUUUUAAUGCCAGGGGACAUUAUGCUGACCUAUAAUAAAUAAUAUUAAGCAGUGACGUGUGCUCAUGUAACGUACCAGCACAGGGGCCUCCUAUCUGUGCCAGUGGAAUCAUCUGUUCCCUCGUUUCUGACUUCUCACAUGGUGAAAUGUUUGUCUUGGACAUGAAGGAAUCUGGAAAGUGAUACAUAAGUAUUAAGCUACAAAUAAUUUUAAAACUUUAUUAUAUGCACACUCAAGGACUUGCUUCCCUUUACCUUGUCCUCAAAAGCAUAAUAGUUUCCCAUAAUUGUAUUUUGUCAGUGAACUCUUAUCAAACUGACCUUUGAUAAGAGGCAGCUCCACUUCCGGUUCUCGAGCUAAACCCAAGAUCUCCCACAGGCUUCUACUGACUGCUUGGUUCCCCAUUGAGGAGCUGCUUUUUGGGUCUAUACCUGAAAAAGCAUCAGACAGAAUCCACUAUAGCUGUGCUGCUCUAUUGGUAUGCUAAUAGUAAGCUUUACAAUGUCCAUCCAUCCAUUUUCUAUACCACGUGUCAUCAUUAGGGUGCUGAAUUGGAGCCUAUCCCAGCUGACUUCGGGCAAGAGGCAUGGUACACCCUGUACUGGUCACCAGCCAAUCACAGGGCACAUAUAGAGAAAUUAUCAUUCACAUUUACACCUAUACACGCACAUGGACAACAUGCAAACCCCACACAGGAAUGCCCAAACAGAGAUCUCCUGAUUGUGAGGCCAACAUGCUAACAACCACUUGAUCACCACAUGACACAUGAAAACCAGAUCACUAAUACUUUUGAUGAAGUGAACAACAUUUGACAGCCUAAUUACCAAACAUAUUCUCAAUUAUUUGUAAUGGGCUUUUUUUCACAUUUACAACAUUGACAAACUACCAAAAUGUUAAACGAUAAAGACGUGAUUGUUUCCGUGUACUCCCGCAUGCAUACAAACCAUGAUUGCACGCAAAAACAAUUAAUAAGCUCACAAACAGAAACAGACGUCCACAUUAUACUUGAGCUCAACAGAGAAAACAUUGUGGAGGACUUGAUAGUGUUUUCUCACCUGGUAGAUAUCUGGACUGCCGCAGAUAGUGUUGCUUGGGUGACAGUGUUGUGGAGUCACUUCUGUCCAAUCCAUUGCUGCUUGUUAGUUUUAAUGGCGUGGGCGUCUCGGAUGCUGGAAAACUAGACAGCAGUGUUUGUUGUUUUUUUUUAAUAAACUCUUCCAGAGAUACUAAAAUGUAACAGUGAGCUACUCGGUAUAUACCAACUGCUGGGCACAUCAAAGGUUUCAUCCCUCAAAGAAUUCAUUGUUGGUUUUUUAGAGAUGGAAACUCCAACGUCUGCAUCAUCAGAAGUGUCCCAACUGUCGACUGACUUAAUAGACAUUUGGCCCCAUCGUCUUCGUCCAGCCCUCACUCUGGUAAGGCUGUUCUCUGCCCCCGUGGCUGCUCCUUUCGUAGUCUUUCAUUUUUUAUUGAAGGAGGGAAUUAUUUCUUUAAAAUCAUGUUGCCAUGUAUAACAGGCAACUUUACUCACACUAGGCCAUUCGCACCGCUGGACUUUGGUCCCUGGUCCCCACUGGCCUACCCAUUUGCUUGUCCCACCACUUCUAUCGUGUUGUAUUACUGCAAUUUCCCUGACUUUCCCGGAGGUGUGCCUUAGGCCUUGGCACGGUACGAUUGGCCAGGUGUGAGUAGGCACUCAGUAAUACGUACCGCUAUCAGCUGCCUGUUUUUAACCAAACUGAGUGGUUCCUGCUGUUCCUCUGACAUCAUGCUGGGGCAUGUUUGUUGUUGCGUGUCCGCUUGCUGGGACAGCUGGAUAGGCUGAAGGGGCUGAUGGAGAGACUGGCUGCAGGUUUGUGACUCUGAAUGGGUCUUACUAGGCUCCAACUUGCUUGUCUUGCACAGAGACAAAGCAUUUGCGUCCACAGCUUCUUUGACCAUCAUUGCCUGGACUUUGUGCUGCUUUGAAUACUUGAGUUGGUCACCAAGUGCCUGACCCACAUAGAAGUAUGGAUACUGCAAAGCCUGAAAAAUACAAACCAUGUUGAGCACACGCUCCCGUUAAAAAUGUAUAAUCAGUUACAUUUGUGUCAUUUACAUUGGGCUUAAUCCACCUUCUCUAUGACAUAUACAAAAUGGCUGCAUGGGACGAUCAUAUUAGGCAUGUAAAUCUCUUUGUGGUAGACGAUUUGAUACGCACCCAGAUACACGGGUUAAGAUACGAUUCAAAAGCGAUACAUUUUAAAAACAGACCGAUUUGAUAUGAGUCGAUAGAGUGUACAAAUGAUAUGAUUCAAUUUGAUAUGAUUCGAUUCGAUACGAUUCAACGGUUAUAUUUGUUGAUGCAGACAUUAAUCUCACAUUAUAAAAUAAAGAAGCUAAUUUGAUAAAAGUGCCAUUCUUACAGUAUUUUCAGUGUGUAAAAGAGCACAUCAUAUCCCCAAGCAUGCUGUAAGGCAGGGGUCCCCAACUGCCGGGCCGUGGGAAACGUUGAGAGAAAAAAAAAACAUUUAAAAAAAUAAUAAAAUAAAAAAAAAUUAUAAAUAACUACAUCAAAUUUUAUGUAAAGGGAUAUCAAGUUUGGAAAUAUAAACCAUUGUUUUAUUGAAAAAAAAUAUACAGUUAAAAAUCCCCCAGUUUUUGCAUGGUUAAUGCGAGCAGAAACUUGUCCCACUUUGUCCGACGGUCCUUGAACGCACCACCUAACUUUCACCCAUGCUGCACAGAUAGACUACUAUACUGUAUUUUUCCCAGUUUUCUUUCACCUUAUAUUUGGUCCCAAAUGCUGAUACUAUGUGGGAAUGCAUUUGUGGCUGAUUCUUACAUCCGAUCCAGGAGGAUGCUACCGAUGCAGUCACAUCUCUCACUUGUCAAACCGGAUAUCUGGUUGGAUCGUUUUUUCUUCUUGAAACCCUUCUCCCGCAGAUGCCGUGUGAUGGUUAUUGGAUUGCACUCAGCACCAGUAACAACCUUUAUAUGGGCCGAGGAUCAUCCUGUUUUUUUUUUUUUGGCCAGCCAAUCGGAUCCUCCG